CUAGAUUAUAUAGUUCUCGGUUUGUCCCCCUCUCUCUCUAUCGUUCUGAGAUUUUUUGUCUGCUAGCUUCCAAGAGAAAACACUGUCCAGUUACUGUAAAAAGGCAAUACAGGCUCAGCAGAAGGACACUCUGUGUUUCAGUUCUGUUACAAUACAAUCUUCGUUUUCUGUGAAAAGCCUUGCAUGUGUUGUGCCCAUCUCUUAGUUUUCAGGACUCUGGGUUUGGUCAUGUGAAAAUUGAGAUGGGUUCUUGUUUUUGACCCCCUCACUUGUUAGGAGCAAAUUUUUUUUUUUUUUUUUUUUUGAGAACUCACUUAGGUAUUUUCAGUGGCAAGUAGCAGAUUAUGCUAAAACAGGUGAGGCUUGGUUUAGAUAACACUUACAAACAUGGUUUCUUCCCUUUUUCCUUUACGGGUUGUGGUUGCAUGGAUCAAAUUUGCGUUUCUGGGUUUCAAAUUUUAGUUCCUUUACUAGGGUAUUUGGCUGCUCAAGAUAGUUCUCAAUCUUAAUUUAUGUUCUACCAUGCUUAUGUAUGUAGGCCUGGCAAAGUUUGAUUCUUUUGUUCCUAGUUUCUGAGGAAGUUUUUGAUAGUCUGAGGUAUGAGGGUAUAGAUUUUGUGUUGAUUUUUGAAAUUGGGUUGGUCUUGUUUUCCAUAGACGGCAGACAUGGACCCUUAAGUGAAAUAUUCAAUUUUGCUUUCAUUUGCAGAUUUUUUUUGGUAGUUGGGAUCCGUGGUUUCAAUAGGCAUGGAUUUCAAGUGAGUUCAAAUUUAAAGUUUCAAGGUUUUGUUGUCAAAUUUUGCUGUGUAUUUUUCUUAAGGGGUGGAGGAGCUCUUGAAAGGGGAGAAUAUAAGGCUGCAUAGCUGUUACUUGUUGGAACUUGCAAUUUAUUGAACUCGGCUCAAAAUGGGUUCAAGAGUAGAUACUGAUGAUGAUAGUGAUAACAGAGGUAGUAUGUGGGAUUUGGAUCAGAAGCUUGACCAGCCUAUGGAUGAAGAGGCAGGAAGGCUCAAAAAUAUGUACAGAGAAAAAAAGUUUUCUGCAUUGUUGCUUCUGCGGCUUGCAUUUCAGAGUCUUGGUGUGGUUUACGGAGACUUGGGCACUUCACCCUUGUAUGUUUUCUACAACACAUUUCCUAAUGGAGUGAAAGAUCAGGAGGAUGUAAUUGGAGCUCUUUCUUUGAUUAUCUAUUCUCUUACCUUGGUGCCACUCCUCAAAUAUGUUUUUGUUGUAUUAAGAGCAAAUGACAAUGGCCAAGGUGGGACAUUUGCACUUUAUUCCUUGCUUUGCCGACAUGCAAAGAUAAAAACCAUUCCCAACCAGCAUCGAACAGAUGAAGAGUUAACGACAUAUAGUCGUUCUACCUUCCAUGAAAGGUCAUUUGCUGCAAAAACCAAAAGAUGGUUAGAAGAACAAGAAUCUGCAAAGAGUGUCAUUCUUAUUCUUGUCCUUGUUGGCACCUGCAUGGUUAUUGGAGAUGGUAUUCUUACCCCAGCUAUAUCUGUUUUGUCAGCUGUUGGUGGCAUCAAGGUAAAUCAGCCUCACAUGAGUAGUGGUGUAGUAGUGCUGGUUGCUGUGGUAAUAUUAGUUGGGUUCUUCAGCUUGCAACAUUAUGGCACAGAUAGAGUUAGUUGGCUCUUUGCUCCAAUUGUCCUUCUUUGGUUUCUCCUAAUUGGAGGAAUAGGUAUAUUUAACAUCUGGAAGUAUGGAAGUAGUGUUCUAAAAGCUUUUUCUCCAGUUUAUAUAUAUCGCUAUUUUAGAAGAGGAGGAAAAGAAGGCUGGACUUCCCUUGGUGGGAUCAUGCUCAGCAUAACUGGGACAGAGGCUCUUUUUGCUGAUCUAGCUCAUUUUCCGGUCUCAGCUGUACAGCUUGCAUUUACUCUAGUUGUGUUUCCUUGCCUUCUUUUGGCUUAUACUGGUCAGGCUGCUUACCUUAUGAAUAACUUGAGCCAUUCACAAGAUGCUUUUUAUCGGUCUAUUCCAGAUAGAAUAUACUGGCCAGUAUUUAUUGUUGCAACAUUUGCAGCCAUAGUUGCAAGCCAGGCCACAAUAACUGCAACCUUUUCAAUUAUUAAGCAAGCCCUUGCUCUUGGAUGUUUCCCUAGAGUAAAAGUUGUAUAUACAUCAAAGAAAUUCCUUGGCCAGAUAUAUGUUCCAGAUAUUAAUUGGAUCCUUAUGAUUCUUUGCAUCGGUGUUACUGCUGGGUUCGAAAAUCAAAACCAGAUUGGAAAUGCAUACGGUACUGCAGUUGUGAUAGUCAUGCUGGUUACAACAUUCCUUAUGAUUUUAAUCAUGAUACUAGUGUGGCGCUGCCACUGGAUUCUUGUCCUCCUCUUCACUGGCUUAUCAUUGAUUGUGGAAUUCACAUACUUCUCCUCAGUACUAUUCAAAGUUGAUCAAGGUGGUUGGGUUCCACUUGCAAUUGCUGGAGCAUUCCUUAUUAUCAUGUCUGUCUGGCAUUACGGCACAGUGAAGCGCUACGAGUUUGAAAUGCAUAGUAAGGUCUCAAUGGCAUGGAUUCUCGGGCUUGGACCGAGUUUAGGACUUGUUCGUGUCCCUGGAAUUGGACUAGUGUACACUGAACUUGCAAGUGGAGUACCCCACAUCUUCUCUCAUUUCAUCACCAACCUACCAGCCAUCCAUUCAGUAGUUGUUUUUGUAUGUGUGAAAUACCUUCCUGUCUACACAGUCCCAGAAGAAGAGCGAUUCCUUGUCAAGAGGAUUGGACCUAAGAAUUACCACAUCUUUCGAUGUGUCGCACGGUAUGGGUAUAAAGAUUUGCACAAGAAAGAUGACGAUUUUGAGAAAAAACUCUUUGAUAACCUUUUCAUGUUCGUUCGGCUUGAGUCUAUGAUGGAAGGAUGUUCAGAUUCAGAUGAAUACAGCUUAUAUGGACACCAAAUAGAGGCUUCAAGAGAUGGCCUUAUGCAUAACAAUGGAAACACUGUUUCUUCCACUAUGGAUUUAACAAUGUCCUCAGUAGACUCAAUAGUACCAGCUAGAUCACCAACCCACAUGAAUAUUACAGUCAGGUCUUCUGGUCAAACAAGCAGCCAGACUGAAAUUGAUGAACUUGAAUUUUUAAACAGCUGCAGGGAUGCUGGGGUGGUUCACAUACUAGGAAACACAGUUGUGAGGGCAAGGAGGGAAUCAAGAUUCUACAAGAAAAUAGCUGUUGAUUAUAUAUAUGCAUUUCUUAGGAAAGUAUGCAGGGAAAAUAGUGUCAUAUUCAAUGUUCCUCAUGAGAGUCUCUUGAAUGUUGGUCAGAUUUUUUAUGUAUAGUAUAGCACCAUAUCCUUUUGUGAUUGCCAUUUUGUGCAAAGUUUAGCCAAGUGUAGCAUAGGAGGAACACUUUGCUUAUGGCAAUCAAUGUUACAAUCCGGAGGAUCAAUUUUAGAAGAAUGGCUUUUUGGCAGUUAUCUCUUGAAAGUUUAAACUAUUACUCCCAAACGGCCAAAUAGAUUGUUCAACUCAUCUUUCUGUUUAAA